CGCAGAAAAAUCCAGAGGAGAGAGAGAGAGCAAAAAGAGCCACGGGACGUCAAGGCAAACAUAAUAAUGUCCGUAACCGUUUUGAAGUCCGUUUACCGGCACAGGUUGAGGUCCCUCUGCAGACUGCAGCGAAUCCAGGGUCACAUGAUGUCGAGUCAGGUGGAACCAGAGGUUCUCCUGGAGAGAGUGGGCAGCGCAGGUGUGAUCACCAUAAACCGACCCAAAGCCCUGAACGCCCUCAACCUCGCCAUGGUCCGACAGAUCUACCCUCAGCUCAAAAAAUGGGACAACGACAAUGAGACUGCCAUUGUGAUCAUCAAAGGAGCAGGUGGGAAAGCCUUUUGUGCUGGUGGAGACAUCAUAGCGGUCACAGAAUCGGGAAAAGUCGGAGACCCUCUGGCAGAAGACUUCUUCCGUGAGGAAUACAUUCUCAACAAUGCUAUUGGAGAAUGCAGGAAACCCUACAUCGCCCUUAUUGAAGGAAUAACAAUGGGAGGGGGCGUCGGUCUGUCGGUUCACGGACGGUUUCGAGUGGCCACCGAGAAGACGCUGUUCGCCAUGCCGGAGACGGCCAUCGGGCUUUUCCCCGACGUGGGAGGUGGCUUCUUUCUGCCGAGGCUCCGGGGAAAGCUGGGCCUGUUCCUCGCCCUGACGGGCUUCCGGCUCAAGGGCCGCGACGUGCAGAGAGCCGGCGUCGCCACGCACUUUGUGGAGCGCGAGAAGAUCCCCGAGCUGGAGAGGGAGCUGCUGGGCCUGACGUCUCCCUCCGCUGAGGACGUCUCCAGACUGCUGGACUCGUACCAGCAGCAGAGCGCUCUGGAUGCAGACAAGCCGUUCGUGUUGGAGCGACACAUGUCUGAUAUCGACAGGCUGUUCAGCUCCAGCAGCGUUGAGGGCAUCGUGAAGGACCUGCAGGCCGACGGCUCGGAGUUCGCCAGGAAACAAGCCGAGAUGCUGUCCAGGAUGUCUCCCACCUCUCUGAAGAUCACCCAUCAGCAGCUGGAGGCGGGUGCUACCCUGAGCCUGCGGGAGGUGUUGGUGAUGGAGUAUCGCCUGAGCCAGGCCUGCAUGAGGGGCCGCGACUUCUACGAAGGCGUACGGGCCGUGCUGGUGGACAAGGACCAGAGUCCCAAGUGGAGCCCCCCCACCCUGGAGGAGGUGACCCAGCAGAGCGUGGACCAGUGCUUCUCCUCGCUGGGGGAGAAGGACCUCACGUUCUGAGUCAUGUGACAGGAGGAGGAGGAGGAGGAGGAGGUCUUAUACCUGACGACGAGCAGCAGGAGCUUCUUUAUUUUCUCAAGCAUCUGUACUUUUCCAGAUGUAACGUAGCUGUAACGGGUUUUCUUCGGUCAUAUCCAAACUCAAGUGGAAGUGUAUCGAUAUAUUCUGAAUGAAAUUAUUGUCACGUAUUAUUUUGGUGUGAGCGUGUGGUUUUUUUCUUCUUUUUUCGGUGUGAACUUCAUCCGACAGACACGUCGCUGUGUUUCAGUUGGCAUCAAAUCGCUCAACAUUAAUUAUUUAGGAGACGGACAUCCAGCAUUGGGCUUCGAUGCAGGAACACGGGCAGCAAAGAGAAGAAGGGGAUGCGUGGGCUCGGGUCACGACCUUCUGCGACCUUCUACCUCCUACGGCCCUCUACGAACUCCUCCACCUUCUACGACCUCCUACGACCUCGCUCGUUCAGGGUUCUGGCGACGGCUCGUUAUCAGCGUGUGAGCACGACGUCGGAGUCUGGACGGUAAACAUUCACCUUGGUGCAGCGUUGGGUUAUCGGGGCAUGUUUCAUACGCCUGCCAAAAAGUUAAAGAGUCCACACACACACACACACACACAAUCUGAUUCUACCAGCUCAUCGGCACAUGGAGCGACUGCAGAGCAACUUUCUGAAGGUCUGUUUCCUCAUGUCUGUUUAAUCUUCAUCAAUAAACUACAUCUCGUUUGAA